UAUCGGCGCGCCGUGAUGCGAGCAACAACUGUUUCGCAUUUCGAGUAACUCGCUAGCUCGUUUAUCGAUACGGUUAAUAAAUUUUUCGCAAAUUCACAAAAUCAAUCUAUAAACUGUUCUCAUUUCAAUUCGUUUCAAAGUAAACAAGUCGGAAGAAUUUUUAUUAAUUAAUUUUACUCGUGAUUAAAAGACGUGUUUAUUAUUUCUCUUUUUACUUUUCAUUUGUUUCUUCUUUUAUUCCUCUUUUCUGAGAAAUUGAACGACCGACUGGGAACUAAUUGUGAAAUCGUAGAAUAGUGUUUGGGAUUUCCUUACUGAAAGAGUUGCCUAGGACUCAAUUUUCGUAAAAGGAUUUAUAUGCGCGUUCGUGCACAUUGACAAACGGAUUGAACAUCGGUGCGUUCCUGCGAUUUCGUUAACCAUUUGCUGCCUCUGGAGUCUCUACGAAUUGUAACUAUCUCAGGCUGAAGAGAAUCUAACUGGCGGCAACGGUUCAGAAAGGAGGAAAAAUCGAGCGAAAAGUGCGAUAAGAAAAGAGGGAGGAUAUGGUUUCCUCGGCGAUCUUCGGGGCAGCCGCUGGAACUGGCUUGGCCCUGUUCGUCGCAAUGACGAUAGUGGUGUAUCGAUAUUACGCGGUGAGACGAAAGGGUAAAUAUUGGAGCAGUCUGGAUCGUUGGCCAGAUCCACCGGGCACGAAGAAGUCGGAAACACGACAAGAAGGCUGUUCCGAGCAUUGUCACGACGCCUCCGCGUCACACGUGCUCAAUUGUUGGCGAAAACAGCAGAAAAAUUACCAUGCAGUGCAGACUACGGAGUUUAACGUUGCCAAGGAACAACACGCAGUGCAGCCAUGCUCCUCCGUGGUCAUUGAAUCAGGGAGCUUGCCGCAUCAAAGUCGAAGCUAUCCUGGCGGCGGUGGCGGAUCCGGAAGCAUGGGACGAUUGUUCACGAGAAAUUCGUCGGUGAGCUCGCAGAGCUCGUUGGAAGGUGCGCCUGGACCGUCCAUCCAUCGCACUGGAACUUCGACCCAGAUUCGACCAUUUGGCCCUGAUGGACGGUACCACCAUCAUCGGGACCCUUUGCACGCUGCUUCUUCUUAUCCACCCAGCAGGAGUUCGAGAUCACCAUCACCUGGACGUGCAGCAUCGUUAGAUGCACGCUGUGGGAGUCCAGCCAGUUGUUCGGGAAGUCUUCUGAGCAACAAUGCGUCACCAUCUCAGAGCUCUUUGUCGUCUCUGGCAACAGGUGUGAGCUCCUCGUGUGGUGGUUCCUCGAUAAGCGUUGCCCACGUAGCUUCCAGAUCAGCUGGUCGAAGUCUUUCACCUCUUCUUAUUCCACCAUCACGCAUUUCUGCAAGCGAAGGUGGACCACCUCCCCCAGCAUCACCACUCGGUUCCAUACAACCUGAUCUUUACCAACGAAGAGAUGGACCUAUUUAUCUUAAGGCUCGAGGAAAUGGAAAGAGUUUAGGCCGGCUGCAUUUGCGAUUCAAAUACGACUUCGAUCGAUCGGACCUGCAUGUACACCUGAUCGAGGCUCACGACCUGGCUGGAAGUGAUCAAGGAGGAUUCAACGAUCCUUACGUGAAGCUGACGCUCAGCCCUGAAGUGGAUUCGAGAAAACGACAGACACAGAUAUACCGUAACGAGGCGAAUCCGUUCUUCGACCAACAAUUCAAGUUCCCCGUCAGCAACGACGAACUUCAAGACAGGACCCUAGUUUUACAGGUGCUCGAUUACGAUCGUUUCUCCAGGAAUGACAUAGUAGGUUCUGUCAAAGUGCCGCUAAAUAUUUUACGAUUAGAUUCUCCUACCUCGACCGAAGAAGUUUGGGGAGACAUUGAACGUGAACGGAAGCCACCCGAACAAAUUCAAGAAGUCCUACUGUCGCUCUCUUAUCUGCCCAGUGCCGAACGAUUAACAGUACAGAUUUUGAAGGCGCGAAAUCUGUUUCCACCACAGGACAAAGAAACCUUAGAUUCCUUCGUGAAAGUAAAUCUCCUUUGCGGAGAGAAGAGGGUGAAGAAGAAGAAAACUGCUGUAAGAAAAGCGACCACCAGUCCCGUUUGGAACGAGGCAAUGUCCUUUAAUGUUCCUGCCAACUAUCUUGCAUCGUCAGCCAUCGAGGUAUGUGUGAUGGACUCGAGCAACGAGUUUAUCGGAGGGAACGUGAUCGUCGGUUCCUGUAUCGUUGGUCCAGCCACAGGAGUGAUUCGGGGAGUGGAAGGAAGCGGAAGUCAAGGAAGAGAGCACUGGCUUCAUAUGACUCAAUCACCGAGGAAAACCAUCGACAUGUGGCACACGUUACACUAAAAGAAACAGAAGAAGAGAAAGGAGUAGAAAAGCAAAAGAAUCGAUCGAUGUUACGUUCGUCGCGUACCGUUUUCUAAAAAAAACAAAACGUGGCCAUUUUAUGGGAACGUGGACACAAUUUCUUCUUUAUUCCUUUUUGUUUCGCUUCCUUGCCGGAUUGCGAAGGGAAGAGUACAAUCAAAAAGCAUAGGAUAAAUAAUCGGUAAAUGGUAUAUGUAAACGACAGUAGCAGUGUUAUAUAUGUGAAACCGCUUUUAUGGAUGUACUCGAGACCACUAACGAAUAAGAAAACCGCGAAAAAAAUACAUCGUUAUUGUCCGUUUCAGCGAAUCGCAAGGAUCGAUGUCCCUCGAUCCUCGAGAAUCUAUUAAUACGAUAUUUCACUGUACCAGAUUUUCCGUAGGUUUACUAUGACCUUCGAGAUUGAAUCGUCUAACCUAGAGGAAAUGGUACGUAUUGUGAGAUAAACAGUUCGUUUAUUCAUAAACAGGGAAUCGUGUCACAGCAAGUGGAUGGGAGAAUAUUUUGAAGGAAGGAAGAAGGAGAAAAAUUUGCGUAUGGAGGAGACAAUCGUUUCGUAUAUACACACUACGUAUUUGUAUUUGGUAUUUGUAUAAUUUGUUUCUACUGGCGGCUAAAUGUACCUUACACAAUCAGCAAGAUAAUUAUUCUAUUCGUGGUAACGAAUAUGAGUGAUAGUAGAUAAUCGUGCUUCAAAUGAUAAGAAACACAUCACCGUACUUUCCGUUACACAGUACAGUAAUGAAAUUAUUUGCUCGAAGUAAUUUCAAGAUAAGACGUUCGAAGGGUGAUUUCAACUAUAAGUAAAUAAGAUGAUGAUAGGAUAAAAGGUAAAAAUGAACAAAAAGAAAAAAAAAACAACUAAAAGACAG